GGCUAUCCGUUACACGUUUUUCUGGUCCUGGCAAAUGAGUUCUGCGAAAGAUUUUCAUUCUACGGAAUGAAGGCCGUCUUGAUUUUCUACCUGUGGAAAGGCUUAGGCUACGAAGAAGACACAUCAACAGUAUUUUACCACACCUUCGUCGUGUUUUGCUAUGCCACGCCGAUACUUGGCGCCAUGAUCGCCGACGGCUGGCUUGGAAAAUACAAGACAAUUCUGUACGUCUCCAUCAUAUACGCCUGCGGAAGCAUCCUUAUGACAGUUUCGGCCAUCAAGUUCACCAGAUGGCUGGCCUUUAUAGCCUUGUUAGUGAUAGCCUUCGGAACGGGUGGAAUAAAACCGUGUGUCUCAUCAUUCGGGGGCGAUCAAUUUAAAGGGGACCAGACGAGGCAAAAAGAUUCGUUCUUCUCGCUGUUCUAUCUGACGAUCAACAUUGGCAGCAUGAUUUCUACUCUCAUAAUACCAUCUUUAAGAGGUAACAUAUCGUGUUUCGGUAAAGACUGUUAUGCCCUCUGCUUCGGAAUACCGGCCAUCCUCAUGAUCGUAUCUAUCGCAUUGUUUGUGCUGGGGACGAAAUGGUACACAAUCAACCCACCUGGAGAAAGUAUUCUGAAAAGAUUUUUUGGAUGCAUUGGGAAAGCCCUGAGUAGGAAAUGCUGUUGCGCCUACAAUCCGGACGGCGUCAAGAAGGAUCAUUGGCUGGAUUACGCGUCCCCGGAGUAUGACCAACCAUUCAUUGAAGAUGUAAAAGACGUGAUGAGGGUCACCUGGCUCUUCAUACCGCUUCCCGUUUUUUGGACACUUUUCGACCAAAUCGGUUCCAAAUGGACCUUCCAAGCUCAAAUGAUGAAUGGAGAUUUCCUUUUAUCAUCAUCAUCAUCGUUAUUAUUAUUAUUAUUAUUCCCUCUACAGUUCAUGAACCCAUUGUUGGUUGUCGUAAUCGUGCCUUUUCUGGAGUACGUCAUCUACCCAUGCCUCACACACCUCCACAUACCCAACAGGCCUCUGCAGAGGAUGUCACUGGGUUUGCUUCUAGCUGCUGUCUCCUUUCUCAUGACUGGAUUCCUGCAAACUGCCAUUAACAAAGAAGAGCCAAGUUUCUUAGACAACCAAGCCAAAUAUCAGAUCAUAAACGCCGCUCCUGAGGACGUGUUUGUCCAAUUUAAAGGGCUCGCUGGGAGUGCUUCUGAUUACAAUUAUUCCAUCGAAUCUUUAAAGGUUGUUUUUUCAGUUUUCAUAAAUUUCAUUACAAGUAUCUUCCCGUCAGUGGCAAUCGAAGCGACGACUAGAUACGCAGACGUCCUAGCAGGUAAGUACGAGAUAAGUUUGAACAUUUCAACGGGGGGACCGCAAGAAUUCGAACUGAAACCUGGAACGGCAUAUCAGUUUUUCAUCACUUAUAACAAGAUAUACAACGUGAGAACAUGUUCACUCGGUAGAGAGGAACUUGGGAAUUUUAUGAAAUUAAAGUUUAAUAACUUUUCAAUUUUCACGAAAGCUGAUGAUAACACAUACAACAUCACGGUUGGUUCUACCAACAUUCUCAAAUCAGUCCAGUCAAAGAACGGUCCAAUCUAUACAUUGCUACUCGCAACCAAUAAUGGGGGAGAUGUUGAACUGUCCCAGAUUAUGGAGUUGGAGCCCUGGAAGAUCAACAUAUUCAUGCAGACUCCCCAGUACGUCGUCAUGUCCUUCGGCGAGUGCCUCUUCUCCGUCACAGGACUGGGCUUUGCAUACACGCAGGCACCUCCUUCCAUGAAAUCAAUCUUAACAGCCAUCUGGUUGUUGACUGUCUGCAUAGGGAACAUCAUCAUCAUCAUUGUUCAAGCUGCUUCUAGCGGGGCAAAUCCAGCAACGGAGUUCUUCAUCUUCUCUGGCCUCGACUUCCUGACGUUCAUUGCAUUCGCAGUCAUGAGUAUCUUUUACACCUACGUAACCCCGAGAUCACAGACGAAUAUCGAUUCGAUUGAAAAUAAACUCGGAAAUGAUAACAAAGGAGUUGAGUUGUAUGAAGACAUCAUUGGGAGCACUCCUCGCUAUGAUUACAUUGAUGAGAAGGCGGUGAAGGGGAUAGCGGACCGCGGACAUGUUGUUUCAGAAAAGGAGAUUGGGAAUGUCAAGAAGUUGGAUUCUGUUACUAGUUUUUAA